AUGGUUGCGAUGUUAACAAUAAAGACUUUUCGAAUCUAUGUUUUGAAGAACUUUUAUUUUAAAUGCGGUGGAAUGGACUUGUCGCCUCAUUCCUGCUGUUUAUCUUUAUAAUCUGGCUGAAAAUAUGGCGGCAAAUGGCACAAGUUUCAAAUCAAAUUCGAUGAUAUUUCGAAAAUUUAUGAUAGAGGAACAAGUUACAGCAUCUAUUUCUACAAAAAAAAAAAAACUUUGAACAGUACGACAAUGUAUAAAAAAUUAUUUAUGCAUGCAAUACGAGAUUAG